ACGAGGAGAAACUGGAGAAAAGACGAAAGAGGUGUGUUGUUGUUGCCACGCCCCCUUUUUGCUUUGAGCUUCGCGGUCGCGCCGCAGGAAGUUGCGCUCCGCCAUAUUGGAGUUCUUCCGGCAUCCACCAUGCCCGGGUUCAGCGACAAGGCCAUCGUGAUCGAUGGCAAAGGCCAUCUCUUGGGUCGUUUAGCUGCCGUUGUGGCCAAAACUGUUCUCCAGGGAAACAAAGUUGUCGUUGUCCAUGCGGAACAACUUAACAUCUCUGGAAACUUUUUCAGAGCUAAGCUGAAAUACUUGGCGUUCCUUCGUAAGAGGUGUAAUGUCAACCCUGCCAGAGGCCCAUUCCACUUCAGAGCACCCAACAAAAUUUUCUGGAGAACUGUUAGAGGAAUGUUGCCCCACAAAACCGAACGUGGAAAGGAGGCUUUGCGCAGGCUGAAGACCUAUGACGGCUGCCCACCACCCUACGACAGGAGAAAGAAGGUUGUCGUGCCUGGCUCGAUGAGGCUGUUGUGCCUCAAGCCUGGCCGCAAGUUCUGCCAGCUCGGCCGCCUGUCCCACGAGGUCGGCUGGAAGUACCAGCAGGUGGUGCGCACCCUUGAGACUAAGAGGAAAGUCAAGCAAGUGCUGAGGAUGCGUAGGAUCAAGUCCCUCAGGAAGGUGACCAAGCAGUCUAGGGGUUUGGUGGCAAAGAUGACCAAGCCUUACGAUCAGCUCAUCAAAUCCUAUGGCUACAAUUGAAAAGAUGAUAAUUGAUAAAAAUUUCUCAUGUAAGAUCA